AUGUCGAUCAAGAACUUAAACAUUAUUCAAAACAUAAAAGAGAAAGAACAAGCCAAAGAGCGCCAAAAACGCGAAGCAUACGAAGCUGAAGUCCAAAAAAGAAGAGAGGAGGAAAACCAAAAUGCUAUUCCUGUGCAUAGCAAUGAUUCAAGGAGAAUCAGUGAUGAUGAAGCAUCUACUGUUGUUGGAGCUGGUUCAAUUGCAAAGGGAAAAGAAGGCGUUGAAUCUCAUCAUCAACACAAACAUUUCCUGCCUUAUGGCAAAACAGGAGAUCCCGAAAAGGAUGCCAAGAGAGCGGCUGAAUAUGAAGCCCGUAAGGCAAAGAGAGAGGCGAAGGAUAAAAAGAGAGGGUUUAAGAAGGUAGCUGGUGACAUUUCUUGGCCGGUUUGGGGAGAACCACCGACAAGUACUCACUCGCCAGUUUCUCCAGCAUUGCCUACCCAACAUUUCAUGCAGCUAGGAACUCUCAAAUCAUCAAUACCCAACAGAAUCACAUCUAUCUAA